UUCAAUGUAUCAGUUAAAUUGAAGGUCAAGUAUUACAACAUUACGCGGAUUACCGCCGGUAGCUUACUUGCAAGAAAUACAAACUUGCUGGUCAUUAUACAAUUUAUAGACGCUUAUCGGUGAGGACGGUAGUGUUGCUGCUUUGUUAAUUCAUCGAAGUACUGUAUUGAAGCAAGGAGUAAAGGAACGUUUAAGAAUGCCGCAGAAAGCUGUGUGUGUUUUAAAUGGAGAAGUGGUCAAGGGAACUCUCUUUUUCGAUCAAAAUAGUCCUGAUUCUCCAGUAAAAGUAACAGGAGAAGUGACUGGCUUGUCCCAAGGCUUGCACGGUUUCCACAUCCACGAAUUUGGAGACAAUACAAAUGGCUGUACAAGUGCUGGAGCCCACUUUAACCCUUACCAGAAGGACCAUGGAGGCCCAGGUGAUGAAGUAAGGCAUGUUGGUGACUUGGGGAAUAUUGAAGCAGGCAGCAGUGGGGUUGCUAAAGUUGACAUUACUGACAAAUUGAUUUCUCUUACUGGUGCUCACAGCAUUAUUGGAAGAACUCUAGUGGUUCAUGCUGACGCAGAUGACCUUGGCAAAGGAGGUCAUGAACUAAGCAAAACUACAGGAAACGCUGGAGCUCGCUCUGCCUGUGGAGUGGUGGGAAUUGCAAAACUCUGAACACUGGGCUAUGUAUAUAACAUUGUAUUCCCCUGUAACAUAACCAGAGCAUGGGCUCACUGGUUCUUUGGUAUUCACAUGAUGCUAUAGGCUGUCCUCAGUAAAUAAAUGGAUUGCAUUAUACACUUCCUGCUUGUUAGGGUACAGUGAAUUGAUGUAUAAGAGGCUUUGAGUAUUCAUUCCAUAAUUAUGCAAUAAAGAGUUUCAUGUUAA